CGAAAUCUCAAUCGUCUCCCCAUCCUCCAGACCCCCCAUUUCGACCACACCAACGGAUGCUCAAUCGACACAGACGCUCGCACCUCUGAACCAAGCUGGCGCGAAGGGAGCACGAGAAUGGGUGCGGCCGAGCUGAACGAGCGUGUGCUGCUGUGUGACGUACAGGCGAGGGCGUCGGUACCUCGAUUUGGCGGGCAUCACCACCAAUUCUCAGGUACCCUGACCUCAGAUGCGGGCGGCCCUCGCAUCCAAGUUGGCAAAGAGGGACAGGAAAAAAGCCACCUGGGGCCACCCCUGGUCAGUGCCUGGGGCCCAAGAAACGGCGCUGGCCAAUGCCCAGAGGCUGCGCCACCCACGCCCACCGAAAAAAGGGGGAGGAGCUCGUCUGGAAUUCUCCAUGUGGUCUAGUCUCGCGGUGUGGCUUGUCCGUUGCUAUCUUGGGCACCGUCCAAACACAUCGAGCCUUGGCGAGGAGCCAGCAGGGAUCGUUCCCACGAGAAACAAGGCUUUUCUAGCUGCCCGCCACGAGAUUGGAGUAGGGUCUAUAGAGAACGUGCUGCGAACUGGUACGGACGGAGGACCAAGCAUAUCGUCGGAGCUUGGCCAGAUAGGGGAUGGGGAGAACGACCUCCCAUGAAUCAACAGCUACCACGUGCACACGGUUAUCGUCGCCAUUGACUGAGCCAAUCGAUGCGUGACGAGCGACUGGAGAGGGACGGAGAGGAUGACUGAUAGAGGCCACGGAUUCAACAACCCGGCCGAGUGAGCAACACUUUCGCCCCGACGGAUCCCCGUUGUUGUAGGCAGGAUCCGUGGCGGGCACGACGAUCUCAUACACGACGCUCACCGUUUGCCGUGGGAAGCCCGAGCGCGCUGGCCUCUGGAGAGCUUGAUAGGCUACAUUUGCUCCUUGAUUAAAUCGAAGGAGUGGAAAACAUCAGCACCGCUGCGGGAAGGAAGCAGGACCGUCGCGUGAUCACAAGAUCCGCUCCCACUCUCGUCCGCCCAAGCACGACAUCACUUCGCGGAUCGACGGCACCGUAGGGCGAGAUCGGUGGCACAGGGCCGCAGGAAUAAGAAUAUUGCCUCUCG